AUGCCACGUAAGCUACGUAAGAAUAUACGUAAGAGGAAGAGAGCAUUGAAACAUCCAAUAGUAAAACUGACACCACAACAACAGUUGCAACAACAAAUGCUGAAUGACCCCACUAUGUUGCAACAAAUGUCAAGCAAUCCUAUGCUUUUAAACCGAGUUGUUGGUGCACAGAGUGGAGGUUUAAGAGCGGCACUUUUAGCGAAAAUGGCAGGCUAUGGUGGAGCUGCAGACGGAACAGCCUAUAACCCUCAAAGUCAAAUGAAUUUGAGUUCACUCAAAAAUCAAAUAACAGAUGUCAAAAAGUCAAACAUAGACAUACAGAAGCAAAUAAGUGAAAACGAAAAGAAACUAGAAUAUGACAGACACACAAAGAAACUCAAUGAGUUAAACGUAGAGAAAAAGAAGAAAGAAGAACAACUGAAAGAACUAAGUACAGAGGAAUAUGCGAAAAAAGUGUCAGAAAAAGCAGCAGAAGUAGCAAAAAUGGAACAAGAUGUUAUAAAUUUGAAAAACCAUACUACUCAAUAUAAAAUACUGAAAGAUGAAGAGAUAAAACAAAAAGCCCUGAAGACAUAUAUGGAUAGCGAUGAGUAUAAAAAAGAAGUUGAAGCAAAUGUAAAGGCAGAAAAACUUUUACAGUUGCAAAACCAAACCGUACAGUAUGAAAACUUAGCACAAGAAAGUAAAAAUAACGACGCGGCUAUGCAAAAGGCAAUGAAAAGCGCAGAAUAUAUAAAAGCCAACAAUGACUGGUUAGAUGCCCAAGCCAACGCUAAAGCAGCCCAACUCAUAGGGUCAAUAAGGACAAAAAUACAAGCGGAUGAAGAUAGUUCAAAUGAAGCUUUAACAAAUGCUGACUUUAAGAACGCCUUCGAAGCUCUUCAUAGUAAGGUGAAACUAGUGAACGACUUCUCAUCUGGAAAGAAACUGAAGUCUGAAGGUUUCGACAAAGAGUUAAGAGAAGUAGCACAAAAUAUGACGAAAAUAACAGAUGCAGCAACGAGACAGGCAGUUCAAAGUGCCUAUGACGCCGUUAGAGCAACUGUUGUGAAAAGUCAAGAAAAAGAGUUACAACAGACCAAAACAGACCUAGUAAAUGCUUUCUUAAGAACGAAAAGUCAGGUAGGACAUUACGCUGCAGAUGGAACAUAUGUGCCAGCUGGUGGAACUUAUAUACCACCAAACCCUCCAAGAGAAGCACCUGCAC